UGGUGAACAAAGCCAAAGUUGCUGGUUUGUGAGUUUCUGAUAGCGUUCUUCCAGGAACAUGAGGACGAUAUUAGCUUUUCUAACGGUAACAGUAACCCUGUUUUGCGCUGACGUGCUACACAGCUUGUCAUACUCUCAUUUUCAGUCAAGAAAACAUGGUGGUGUCAAGGCAGAUCCCAGGUUUUCAGAGAAGUACUUCAGUCAGACUGUGGACCACUUCAACUUUAACAGCAUGGGGAAUGGAUCAUUCAAUCAGCGAUACCUGAUCACAGACAAGUACUGGAAGAAAGGCUAUGGUCCCAUCUUCUUCUAUGCUGGUAAUGAGGGAGACAUCUGGGAGUUUGCUCUGAACUCUGGCUUCAUCAUGGAGUUAGCUGCUCAGCAGGGAGCACUGGUCAUAUUUGCUGAACACAGGUACUAUGGCACAUCUCUGCCAUUUGGCAAUGAUUCCUUCAACAUUCCUCAGAUUGGCCUACUGACAGUGGAGCAGGCACUCGCAGACUAUGCUGUCAUGAUCACUGAGCUGAAACUGCAGCUGGAAGCCACAGACUGUCCUGUCAUCGUGUUUGGAGGCAGUUACGGUGGAAUGCUGUCCGUUUAUAUGAGACUCAAGUAUCCAAACAUUGUGGCUGGAGCUCUGGCAGCGAGUGCCCCCAUCCUGUCUACUGCUGGACUGGGUGACUCCAGGCAGUUUUUCCGAGACGUGACAGCUGAUUUUGCAAGUGUUGCCUCUGAAUGCAGAGAUGCUGUGAGACAAGCUUUCCAUCAACUAAAAGAAUUAGCUGAACAACAGGAUUACAGUCGCAUCCAGUCAGAAUUGGCUCUGUGUAAGCCUCCAUCAUCUGCUCAGGACAUCCACCAGCUAAAUGGCCUGCUGAGGAAUAGCUUCACACUGAUGGCCAUGUUGGACUACCCCUACAGCACUCACUUCAUGGGCAACAUGCCCGCCAACCCUGUCCAGGUGGCCUGUAAAACCAUGUUGAGGGGGUCCAACCUGCUUGCUAACCUCAGGGACACCGCAGGGAUUGUGUACAACUCUACAGGGCUGCUGACUUGUUUUGACCUAUACAGUCUGUAUGUGGAGUGUGCUGAUCCCACUGGAUGUGGACUGGGUUUCAACAGCCAGGCCUGGGACUACCAGGCAUGCACAGAGAUUGAGCUGUGCUAUGAGAGCAACAAUGUGACAGACAUGUUUCCUCCCAUGCCCUUCACUGAGAGAGAUCGAGAAGUUUACUGCUCCAAGCGCUGGUCUGUAGUUCCACGGCCAGGCUGGCUUAAAAUCCAGUUCUGGGCUGAUGCUCUCUCCACAGCCAGCAACAUUAUUUUCUCCAAUGGAGACCUGGACCCGUGGGCCAAUGGAGGGGUGCGCAAGUCUUUGAGCUCAUCAUUGGUGGCGAUCAACAUUUCUGAAGGAGCCCAUCAUCUGGACCUGAGGGGAUCUAAUGAGGCUGAUCCGUUGUCGGUAAUCAAAGCCAGGAAGAGAGAGGCUGAGCUCAUCACGCAGUGGGUGGAGAUGGAAAGGAGACGAUCACAAAAGUUACCUUAAUUUACAGGACUGGAUUAUGUAAAACAGGUGACAUAAUCCCAGUAAUGUAAAUAAUAAUUAUUAUGAAAUACUAAAUCAUUCAUUUUCAUAAUCAUUUACUUGAAAAUAUUUUUCAUUUUAUUGUAGAUAAUUUUUUCAAAGUACUCAUUUAAAAAAAAUCUGACUUUAUGUGAUUAUAGCCUUUUAUGUCAUUGAAAAAAAAUAAUUUCAUAAUGUCCCUUUUUAUGACAACGAGGUUUUAUCACAGCUUCAGCUCAUUGAGUCACUCAGAAAGGCUUUUAUAUUGUUCAGCCAAACAGAUGCUAACUGGCUAAACCUGUUAGUAGUUUUUGAAUUAGUAGUUUAGUGGGAGGGAGAAUUUUUAACCAAUCACAUGAGCCCUCCUACAAGUCAAUUCAAGCCCUUUUCAGAUACGAAAUAUGCAACAUUUCUGCUUCAUCGGUCUGUUAAAAUAAUGGGAUUCUGUCAAUUAGACAGAAUUAAUGUCACUCACAGCUUUAUACAGAGCUGUGCCCACCACAGUGACAGAGAAAGCCACUGUAUUUACCUGAUAUUUGUCAUUCACCUCAGACUGUACAGAACAUCAAGUGAUAUACAAUACAGAACAGAGCAGUAUAUGUAAAGAAUAGCAUAUUAUCUGUCCAAAUACCUGCUAUGUAACAAAUAAGUGAACUUUCUGUGUGACGGCUCACCUGUCUGUGGUGAAGAAAAGUACACAAUGUGACCUGGACGUAGAUCUUUAUCUAUCCUUUCUCUGUGUCCAAGGACAUUUAUAAUUAUAAGCAGUUAAUGCAGUUGCUGCUGUUGUUGGGUGUGUAUAAACAUGAGCAACUCUCUGUCUCUGGAGACGCAUGUAUGGAUCCUGAUGCUGCAGAUAUGACGAUACUUUAAAAACUGUUCAGCCUCUACUGGAAGCAAGGGGCGUAACUGCCCUUUUGGGAGGAAAGCCUUGAGUUAGUGUGAUGUUGCUCCAGGACAGUACUCCCAUUCCUACAGCAGGUGGCAGAAACAGCCAGAUGGCUUUGAACUGUUGCCCCAUGAACCUUAUUCACCUGACCUGACUCUGUACAUCUGUCUGUUUUCUCCAAAUGAAAUCCCUCUUGGGUGGCACAGAGAGCAAAAGGCCAGUCAGACAUUUUUGUAUAACUCAGAUUGUUAUCCCGUUGCUCCAGGGUCGUCAUGCAUUAUCUCUGUAUAGAAGACUAAUUUGGGUCUUCUCUGUAGAAAACGUGCCUGACCACCAUUCCGUUCUGUCCCUGUGUUCAUACAUUUUAAACGACUCAUUUUUUGGCUGUUUCAAAAAUUGAAGAGGUUGGACUGGCAGAUGGUUUGAGAUUAUUCAGAUUCAGGCAAAUGAAUUAGUUUUGAGGUUAUGUUUAGACAAUGGCAGGAAUUACUGAAUAAAGUAAAACAAAAAUGGAAAGCAAUAGGGUCGACAGUUUCGGUCUGUGAUGGAUGCUGCUAAAUUAUUUCAGGAUUUUAAGCUUAUAUUUGGUUAAGUUGGUUGAAUUCUUUCUGUUUUCGCAGUUUCUGGUUGUAAUUUUUUUCAGACAAUCAUUGCAAAGAGAAUAAUCAUGUAAAGAAGAGUAGGGUCAAUAUACAGUGCCUUGUGAAAGUAUUCGGCCCCUUUGAACUUUUCAACCUUUCGCCACAUUUCAGGCUUCAAACAAAGAUAUAAAAUUGUAAUUUUUUGUCAAGAAUCAACAACAAUUGAGACACAAUCGUGAAGUGGAAUGAAAUUUAUUGGAUAUUUUAAACUUUUUCAACAAAUAAAAACCUGAAAAGUGGGGCGUGCAAUAUUAUUCGGCCCCCUUGCAUUAAUACUUUGUAGUGCCACCUUUUGCUGCAAUUACAGCUGCAAGUCGCUUGGGGUAUGUCUCUAUCAGUUUUGCACAUCGAGAGACUGAAAUUCUUGCCCAUUCUUCCUUGCAAAACAGCUCGAGCUCAGUGAGGUUGGAUGGAGAGCGUUUGUGAACAGCAGUCUUCAGCUCUGCCCACAGAUUCUCCAUUGGAUUCAGGUCUGGACUUUGACUUGGCCAUUCUAACACCUGGAUACGUUUAUUUGUGAACCAUUCCAUUGUAGAUUUGGCUUUAUGUUUUGGAUCAUUGUCCUGUUGGAAGAUAAAUCUCCGUCCCAGUCUCAGGUCUUUUGCAGACUCAAACAGGUUUUCUUCCAGAAUGGUCCUGUAUUUGGCUCCAUUCAUCUUCCCAUCAAUUUUAACCAUCUUCCCUGUCCCUGCUGAAGAAAAGCAGGCCCAAACCAUGAGGCUGCCACCGCCAUGUUUGACAGUGGGGAUGGUGUGUUCAGGGUGAUGAGCUGUGUUGCUUUUACGCCAAACAUCAUUUUGCAUUGUGGCCAAAAAGUUCGAUUUUGGUUUCAUCUGACCAGAGCACCUUCUUCCACAUGUUUGGUGUGUCUCCCAGGUGGCUUGUGGCAAACUUUAAACGAGACUUUUUAUGGAUAUCUUUGAGAAAUGGCUUUCUUCUUGCCACUCUUCCAUAAAGGCCAGAUUUGUGCAGUGUACGACUGAUUGUUGUCCUAUGGACAGACUCUCCCACCUCAGCUGUAGAUCUCUGCAGUUCAUCCAGAGUGAUCAUGGGCCUCUUGGCUGCAUCUCUGAUCAGUCUUCUCCUUGUUCCAGGUGAAAGUUUAGAGGGACGGCCGGGUCUUGGUAGAUUUGCAGUGGUCUGAUACUCCUUCCAUUUCAAUAUGAUUGCUUGCACAGUGCUCCUUGAGAUGUUUAAAGCUUGGGAAAUCUUUUUGUAUCCAAAUCCGGCUUUAAACUUCUCCACAACAGUAUCUCGGACCUGCCUGGUGUGUUCCUUGGUCUUCAUGAUGCUCUCUGCACUUUAAACAGAACCCUGAGACUAUCACAGAGCAGGUGCAUUUAUACGGAGACUUGAUUACACACAGGUGGAUUCUAUUUAUCAUCAUCAGUCAUUUAGGACAACAUUGGAUCAUUCAGAGAUCCUCACUGAACUUCUGGAGUGAGUUUGCUGCACUGAAAGUAAAGGGGCCGAAGAAUAUCGCACACCCCACUUUUCAGUUUUUUAUUUGUUAGUAUAAAAUAUCCAAUAAAUUUCAUUCCACUUCACGAUUGUGUCCCAAUUGUUGUUGAUUCUUGACAAAAAAUUAAAAUUUUAUAUCUUUAUGUUUGAAGCCUGAAAUGUGGCGAAAGGUUGAAAAGUUCAAGGGGGCCGAAUACUUUCACAAGGCACUGUAUACUUGAGGGACUUUUGAAGUCCAAGGGAUAUAUCUUGCAUACGUUUUUAUGAAGUUUUUUUUAAGUCACUAUGAUCAUGUCUUUACAAAUUCCGUAGUUAUUUAUUAUGUAAACAAUCACAUAUAAAUCUAUCUAAUAUCAUAAAAAAUGAAAGGAUAUCACUAAAAUGUCAACCACCUUCUAAUUAGCUAAACAAUAAUAAAAAGAGCUUUUUCAGAAAUUGUUCUUUUGUUUUGUUCUUUUUAUUAAGUUGAGAUAAUCAUGACAGAUAUUUCUUUUCUGCCAAUACAUCAAAUUUUAGAUGGAAAAUAAUGCAUUGUAUCUGUGUCUGAGAAAUCGCUUUCAGCUAAGUUCCCCAUUACAAAAACACCUCUCAAGGAAGUGUGUUAAUUCCAGAUCACAUGACCACAUGAUGUCAUUUCUUCCUGAAGAAAAGACUGGCCAGACUCCAAGGCUUUCUGAGUUAUUUAAUAUAAAGUAGUGUCUGAGUUAAGUAUGGAUUUAUUGUAUGUCAGCAGGUUUACUACAAUAUCUUUCUAAAUAGCUUUCAAUUCCAAUUUUACUCAGUUGUGUAUAUAUAAUAUUUUAGAAUAAUCUUUGUCUAAAAAUGCCAUGUUGUGUUUGGUUUUAGGUGGCCAUGUUGAUUAUAGGCCAGAGAACAGCAAAACUGUCAUCUCUGAUACCUUUCAACUAUGUUUUAAAAAGUCCCGCAAUGAUAUAUUGACCCAGCAGGACCUGGUGGUGCUUCAGAGCAACGCACAUCUCCACAAACAUGACCAGGAGCAGGAAGAUCCCCGUGCUGUGGACUCAUCUACACUGUUGAUGAGAAUCUGGAGACUCUAGAUGUGACCUUUAUCCAUGAAGGAAUAGCAAAGCUUGAACGUUGGUGCAAAAAGUGUAAUGAAGCAGACAGAGACUAUUUUGAAAAAUAAUGCAAGAACAGUCUUUCCACUGUGACAGUGUUUGGUGAGAACUUUAAGUAGCCUCGUGUUUAAUAAACUGAGAAGAAAGGGGCUCAUAAACAAGUGGAAGCAACAAACUAAAUUUCAACUCCUGUUCAUGUUGUCAAAACUCAGAUUAAACUGAUUAUUGGUGAGUCAUCA